AGCACAAGCGCCAACAGCGGCAGCCAAAAAGCAGUUGCCAAAAAUAAAAUAAGAAAAUAGAUUAAUUUUCAUUUUCGUUUUUCCGAUCCCAACGCGAAUUCGCUAAAUUAUAAACAUAAUAGAAAACAAGAAUGUGGCUAAGGUUAAAUUAGUGCUUUGGCCAGCUUUUGGCACAAAAACACAACAAAAUAAACACGAAAAUGAAAAUGGAAAGCAACAAAUAAGUGUCGGAAAAGUGGUUAAAGCCAAACUCCCAAAAAAUGUACACAAAUACAUGUGUGUGUAUAUCAGCAAAUAAUCAACAUUAAACAAUAGUAAAUAGAAGAAGAAGAAGAAGUAGUUGAAGAACAACAACAAGAGGCGACAAACAACAACAAUAGCAACGACGAGAAGCAGCAACAGCGAGCUGGGAAAAAAGUUUAUUGCAUCUAUUCAGGCGCAUAAAGAAAAUGAGCGCAAAGAUGACACGCUACAAACAGACCGAAUUUACGGAAGAUGAUUCAAGUUCAAUUGGCGGCAUUCAGCUGAACGAGGCGUCGGGACAUCCAGGCAUGCAGAUACGCUAUCAUACGGCGCGGGCAACAUGGAACUGGCGAUCACGAAACAAAACCGAAAAACUCUUACUGAUUGUCACAUUUGUGAUGGCAAUUGUGAUUUUAACACAGUUCUGUGUUUUAUUCUCCAAUAACUCAAAUGACAACACAAAGCAUGUGCUGCAUGUGCAGCCACACAAGAAAGAUUGCCUCUCGGCCAAUGAGUUGCCCUGCCUCAAUGAGCACUGCAUAUUUGCGUCUAGCGAGAUUCUAAGGUCGAUUGAUGUCACUGUGGAUCCCUGCGAUGAUUUCUAUGGAUAUGCAUGCAAUCAGUGGAUCAAAAACAAUCCCAUACCCGAAGGCAAAUCAACGUGGGGCACUUUCGGUAAGCUGGAGCAGAUGAAUCAGCUGAUCAUACGCAAUGUGCUGGACAAGCCGGCCAAGAGUUUCAAAUCGAACGCAGAGCGCAAGGCAAAAGUCUACUACGAGUCCUGCCUGGAUGUGGAUGAGCACAUGGAGAAGUUGGGCGCGAAGCCAAUGAAUGAUUUGCUAACCAAAAUCGGAGGCUGGAAUGUGACGCAGAGUGGCUACAAUGUGACCAAAUGGAAACUGGGCAGUGCACUCAAAAUAUUGCACAACAAAUACAAUUUCAACUGUUUGUUUGGUUGGGCCAUUGGCGAAGAUGACAAGAACUCCACUCGCCACGUUAUACAGAUUGAUCAGGGUGGCCUCACGUUGCCCACUGCGGAUUAUUACAACAAUAAGACGGAUAUUCAUCGCAAGGUGCUCAGCGAGUAUAUCGAAUACAUGACCAAGAUCUGUGUGCUUUUGGGUGCCAAUGAGACGGAUGCGCGGGCCCAGAUGGAGGGCGUCAUCAAUUUUGAGAAGAAACUUGCCAACAUCACCAUCCCGAUGGAGGAUCGACGCAACGAGGAGGCAAUGUAUCAUCCCAUGAAACUGAAGGAACUCAAUGUGCUUGCUCCAUUUCUCAACUGGACCGAUCACUUCGAUAAUGCCAUGCAGUUGGUGAACAGACGCGUCACCGACGACGAAGUUGUCGUCGUCUAUGCGCCCGACUUUCUCAAGAAUCUCUCCAACAUCAUAAUGAGCAUGCAGCAAACGGAAGCUGGCAAAAUCACUCUGAACAACUAUCUGACGUGGCAGGCAGUGCGCACGCUGACCAGCUGCUUGUCCAAGCCCUUCAGGGAUGCGUAUAAGGGCGUGCGUAAGGCGUUGAUGGGCUCCGAUGGCGGCGAGGAGGUGUGGCGCUAUUGCGUCUCCGAUACGAACAAUGUGGUUGGCUUUGCAGUCGGUGCGAUAUUUGUGCGGCAGGCCUUCCAUGGCGAAUCCAAGCCAGCGGCGGAGCAAAUGAUCGGCGAGAUACGCGAAGCCUUUAAAAUGAAUUUACAAAAUCUCAGCUGGGUAGACAAGCAGACGCGUGAGCGCGCCAUUGAGAAGGCCAAUGAGAUCUCAGAUAUGAUCGGUUUCCCCGACUACAUACUCGAUCCGAUUGAGUUGGAUAAGAAAUACGCUGAACUGAAUAUCACAGCUGAUGCGUAUUUCGAGAAUAACAUUCAAGUGGCCAUUUACAAUUUGAAGAGCAAUCUGAAGAAGUUGGAUCAGCCAGUGAAUAAGACGAAUUGGGGCAUGACACCGCAAACAGUGAACGCUUAUUAUACGCCGACCAAAAAUCAAAUUGUUUUCCCCGCCGGCAUCCUGCAGACACCGUUCUUCGACAUCAACAAUCCCAAGAGUCUCAAUUUCGGUGCCAUGGGCGUUGUGAUGGGCCACGAGCUGACGCAUGCCUUCGAUGAUCAGGGACGGGAGUAUGACAAAUAUGGCAAUAUUAAUCGUUGGUGGGAUGCCAAGAGUAUCGAACGUUUCAAUGAGAAAUCCGAGUGCAUAGCUCGACAAUACAGCGGCUUUAAGCUCAACGGACGCAAUCUAAAUGGCAAACAGACAUUGGGCGAGAACAUUGCUGACAAUGGCGGCCUGAAGGCUGCGUAUCAUGCCUAUUUGCGCACUAAGCCCGAAAAGGAUGCAGAUGUCCUUAGGCUGCCCGGCUUGAAUUUAACGCAUGAACAGCUCUUCUUUGUGUCCUUUGCCCAGGUUUGGUGCUCCAGCACAACGGAUGAGACAAAUCUGCUGCAAAUGGAAAAGGAUCCGCAUUCACCGUCGCAAUUUCGCGUUAUUGGCACGCUGUCGAAUAUGAAGGAAUUUGCCGAGGUAUUCCAGUGUAAGCCCGACAAACGCAUGAAUCCGACCAAGAAAUGCGAAGUCUGGUAAACAGAAUCGAAACGGAAAAGAUCUCAGUAACUAAAGCACAAGAAACAAACAAAGAAAAUAUAUCUAAAGGAAUAACUUCACCUCUAUGGAAGAUGAUGAUUGUCUUUAGUGCUUAUAGAGCUCACAGUUUGUCAUGUGCUAUAUGUUUGCAUUGUCGUUUGUUUUCUUGCAGAGUCGAUCAAUUUUUUUUUUAAGAGAGAGUUUAAUUUUUUAUACCAAUUGAAAAUAUCUCAAAUGACUUAAAUAUUUGUCAAACGACUUGAAUUAAUUACAAGUGUAACACAAAAAAUAAGAAAAAAAAUAAUCGAAAAAAAACAAAAAAUGAUUUACAAAAUUUAUAGUCUGUAAUAAUUAUAUUCCAGUGCACACAACACAACCAAAAAACUAUUUGAAAACUACCAAAGAAAUUAACGUAUUAUUAAGCAUACGCAAUGAAUUCUGCGAGUAAAUAAUUCAUUUAAUAUAUAUUUAGUAUUUUGAGAGAACGUCAGUCAUUGUGCCUAUGAAAAAAAAAGAAUAUCUGACGAUAAACCGAUUGCAUAGUUUAUUUUUUGGGCACGGGCAUUCACCGACUAUAAGCCGAUUAGCCUGGGCCAUAAUUUACCAAAAAGCCGAGACUUAAACAACAGCAAAACACCAAAGCAACUAGCGCAACAACAACAACAGUAAAAAGAAAAAAAACACAAAAAGAAAUACAACUUCGAAACAACUUGAAAUCGAAAGUGUUAACACAACCAAACAAAAGUAUCUCUAAUAAUAAUAAUUACAAUAAUAGAAAGUUUCAUUUAUAUGAACCAGAUCGCGUGUGUGUGUGCGUGUAAUAGCUGUGUAUGUAUUUAGUAGAUAUAAACAAUUUGUAAUUGUAAGCGGCAGACCUCAAUGGGUCAGCUCCUAGAUAACUGUGUAACUAGCUAUUUGUAUAACUAUUUAUGUAUGUAUAUUGAAUGUAUAAACAACAAACAAAAAAAAAAUAAUAAUAGAACACAAUAUUGAAAAGAGAAUUUUCGCAAAUUUCAAUUUCCAAAAAUAUAUAAAAAAAAACUAAGGAAAACACAUUUUCUUUGUCCUAAGCUUAAGUGUGUGUAUGGAAACGAAUGAGAUAGACAGAUAAAUGAGACAAAUGGAACGAGAGAGAGAGAGAGAGAGAGAAAGAGAGUUGCAGUUUCUUCUGCCUUUUCGUUGCCAAACUCCAAAGUGCGAAUUAUAUAUGAAGCAUAAUUUUGUAUGUUUUUUAUAGUAUGUAAACUUAGUUAAUCAGAAGCAAAAACUAAAAACACUUUUCGAUUGUCGCUAGUUAAGUGAAAUUUAAACAAAAUCAAAGUAGGUCUGUAUUUAAAUUUUCUUUUUUCCCCACUUGCGUGUGUAUGCGUGUGUACGAUUAUUAUAUAUAAACUUGACCAUAGAAAAAGAGACAAAACACCAAUCAAAAAGAAAGAAGAAAAUUGCAACAGCUAUCCCUUAAAAACAAAGAAUUUUAAAUGAUAGAGAGAGACCAAAGCGCAAAAAACAAAACAAAAAAAAAUCAUGUCUAUAGUACUAAGCAUUUGGCACAUAUCAAGUUUAAUGAAUACGUACAAUGAUAUGUGUGUGUGUAGCAUACUGAAUACAACAAAAAAUCAAAUAACGAAAC